AUGGUCCGCGCAGCUCUUGUCAUGGCACUGUCGGCCGCCGCGCCGCUGGCUGCUGCCCAGGCGAUCCAGAUCCCGCCCCUGCCCUUCAACCUCACCUUUAAGCCGGACCUGAGCAAGGUCUCGUCGGACAGACGAUCCGACUGGUGCAAUGGCGAGCGUGCCGUCUGCGACACUCUGUGCGGCGCCCCAAACACAUACCCCACCAAGAACGACUGCGACCCUGGCAACCUCCAGUUCGCCUGCACUUGCCAGAACGGCACCGCUCCUGGACUUCAGUACUACCAAAACAGUCUUCCAACGUUCAUCUGCGAGGAAGCGUUCGAACAAUGCAUUGCUGCCAGCGUGGGCGACAGUACGGCCCAGGGCAAGUGCAACACGGACAUCAGAAGCCUCUGCGGAAAGCAGGCUGCCAAGGCCGGUAGUGGGGGUGCCGCAACUUCCUCGCUGGCGACACCAGCUUCCCGUGCGACGCAGACAGGUUCCACUACUACGCCCGCAAACACCGCGCGGCCCAACAGCGCCGCUGCUGUGGGUCAGCUGUCGACCUUUGCGAGCGUCGCUGUCGCUGCGGCCGCGCUUGUGGGUGCCUACGCGCUGUAA